AAGAACUGACAGUCCCCUCUGAAAGAAAAUUAGAAGUGUUUUGAUUUCUAUUUACUUUUAAAAAUUACCAAAUUUAUUCAAAAAUGUGUACUCUUAGGCCAUUUGUGUGUAACGACAUGUUUAAGUUCAAUGGUGUGAAUCUUGACCCAUUAACAGAAACAUACGGAUUAUCGUUUUACAUGCAAUAUCUCGCACAUUGGCCAGAAUAUUUUCAAGUUGCCGAAUCUCCGAGUGGCGAAAUUAUGGGAUACAUAAUGGGAAAAGCUGAAGGCCAUGGUGAAUCUUGGCACGGACAUGUAACAGCACUUUCUGUUUCUCCUGAUUACAGAAGACUUGGUUUAGCUGCAACUUUAAUGAAAUUCUUUGAGGAUGUUUCAGAAAAGAAACGGUGCUUCUUUGUAGAUCUCUUUGUUCGAGUCAGUAACAAAAUUGCCAUCAAUAUGUAUCAUCAACUUGGCUAUAUUGUUUAUCGAACUGUAAUUGAAUACUAUUCAGGAGAUGAGGAUGCUUAUGACAUGAGAAAAGCGCUGAAAAGAGAUGUGGAUAAGAAGUCAAUGAUACCUCAAAAGCUACCAAAUCCAAGUUUCCUUCAAAUUUUCAAAGUUAUCGCGAUAGAAAAUACCAUGGCAAGUGAAGAACAUCGAAAACUUGCUUCAACUAUCAAAAGUAUUCACAUGGAAUUAAGAGAUCUCACGAAAGAAUUUGGAGCUGAUGAAGCUUGGAAGCGGCACAUAAAUGAUAAGAAAAUUCGAACAAUUUAUGCUGAAUCAAUGCGUAAACUUGCAGAAAUUCAUUGGGUGCAUAAUCAACCAUUAGAUGAUAGAAUACAAUGGACUAUUAAUUUCUGUGAUUAUUAUUUUCAAAAGGAUGAAAUUAAUCGUUGGAAAGAAAAAGAUUUGAAGGUUUUACAGAAAUUAAAAGAUGAAGGAUUUGUUAAAAUAUUAAAUGAAUUUAGUGACAUUCAAAUUGAUUUUAAAUUAGAGGUUUUGGAUGUUGGUAGUUCGGGAAAUUUCUUUAAACAUGAGAGAUUUAACGUGAUUCCUAUCGACAUUUCACCAUCCCACGACUCAGUUUAUUAUUGCGACUUUUUAUCUGUUUCAAUUGAUCAAGAACUUCAAUGCAAUAGUAAUUCAAUUGAAACAUUGCCAAGAGAAUUCUUUCACGUUGUUAUUUUCUGUCUUCUUCUUGAAUACCUUCCAACAUCACAACAAAGAAUAAAAUGUUGUGAAAAAGCUUUUAAAGCUUUAAAGACUGAAGGAAUUCUUGUCAUCAUCACACCAGAUUCAAAUCACGAGAUGAAAAACUCAAAACAGAUCAAAAAUUGGCGUUGGACGUUAGCUGUCAUGGGAUUUCAAAGAAUAAAAUUUGAAAAGCUUAAGAAUUUAACUUGUAUGGUGUUUCGUAAAAGUUUAAAACCUGAAAUACCACUGAGAUGGGCCAAUAACAACAAAGAAGAUUACAUGGAAUUCAAAUUGGAGAUUCCACAGGAUAAAUCGAAAGUGAAAGUUAUUGCUGAAGACUGUAAGAAUGAGAAACAAGAGUUUGAUCAGCUUAUUUUAAUUUUGAUCUCGGUUAUAAGUGUCACAGUUCUUAUAGUAUACAAGUCGGAAAAUGAACGAUUAAAUCAUGUUUUGUCGGUGAUAAACUUUUUCGGUCAGCGCGAUGCAAUAAGUCUCGUAAAAAUUGAAAAUUACUCAAACUUUUCGUAUAGAUUUGAUUAUCCACUUCCAAGUUGGAUAUAUUUAAGCAAUGAAUUUCAUGGUUAUUCAGCGUUUUGGAAGAAGAAUGAUCUUGUAGCUGGAGGAGAAGCGAUCGCUUUAGCAAUUGGAAGUGUUCAUGGAAAUGUUUUAUUUCAGUGCAAAAUUCAUUUCACCGAUAACACAAUUGCUAAUGGAAAGUUUGGAUUUAUGCGAGUUGAAGCUGAAAUUGCCGACAUUGAAGUGGCAACUGAAAAGUUUAUAAUUUACAAAUUCAUUUGUAAGACUAAAAACGAUAAUGGAACACCAAAAAAUUUGAUUUUAAUCAAUACUGAGACGAAGUCGGAACAUUAUUUGCCUAUUCGCCAUAUGACUAUUAAAAACAAUCCGCUGUUAGAGAAGUCACUUCUUACUGUUUGUCUCGACCUCAACAGCUACAAUCGAUCAUUUACUGAUGAUUUCAUAACAGAUACGAACAUCGCUCAAUACUUUCUACAUCAUGAACUAAUUGGAAUUCGUAAUUUCAUCAUUUAUAACUCGAAUAUCAAUCAGAUGAAUCAACAUGUCAUUGAUUUACUGACCAACAAGUAUGGAAUCCGAUUAAAUGUUUUGCCUUACAACUUUCCUCUGAUGAUCAGCAACAGAGCUAAGAAUCGAGCGAUCAUUGAAGCAGACUGUUUCCUGCGAACGUCAGGAUUAACGAAGUAUGUGAUGGUUGCUUCAGUUGAUGAAUAUUUGUAUCCGUCACAGAAGCUAUCGCCGGUCAAUCCACUCAUCAAAUUCUUCAAUCGCUAUUCAAGUGAAGUCAGUCGAUUUGAGAUUAGCAUGAAAAGUGUCUGCACAGAUCCACAUAAGAAAAUUAAUUCCGACAAUGAACGUUACAGUGUCGAUAUUAAGACGAGAGUCUUUUACAUACAAAAGAACGAAUUUCCUUAUAACGACAAACCAGUCAACGACAUUGGAAAAAAAUCAAUUGAAGUUGAUCGGAACUUUGCCGUCAUUCAUAAAUACAUAAAAUGUCCAACAACUCAAGAUUUGUAUGAUUGGCGAACAACAAUGGAGAAGUCACAUCAAGGCUACAUCGAUCAUAUCUCGCAAGAAUUAAAUAAACUUCUUUUUCAUCAAUAAGAAGAUAGACGAAAAGCCACCUUGAUAGCCUUUUUCUUAAUCUUUCUUUUAUGAAAAUAUCUCAUUGACAAUUCUGUAAAUAUUAUUAAAAAAAAUUUCUGCAAUAUCUCAUCACGCGUUGGUUGGGAGAAGUUUUCAUUUCAUUUUCUUAAUUAAAGUAAAAUCUUUUUCAUAAUUCUUGCUUAGAAAAUUAGAAAUGAAACUGCUUUAGUAUUGACUAACUUUAAAUUAUUUUCAUGAAUUCUUUGAAAUGACAAAAACCCAAAAAGAAAUGUCAGAAAAAGAAUAAAAUUUGACGUUGAAAUGACUGAAAUCACUCGAAAGAAGAAAUAAAAUAAAACAAAAAGAAUUCUUUUAAUCAAAACUUUUAAAUUU